CCAGGACAGAAAAUCAUUAUCCUCUGAUAAACAAUGAUUCCCAUCACGGAGCUGCGUUACUUUGUAGACACUCAGCCUGCGUACCGCAUUUUAAAGCCAUGGUGGGAUGUAUUUACAGACUAUCUGUCUGUCGUGAUGCUGAUGAUUGCGGUGUUCGGAGGAACCCUGCAGGUUACCCAGGACAAAAUGAUCUGCCUUCCUUGCAAGUGGGUGGUCAACAAAACCUGUCGGAAGUAUUUUGACUCAGCCUUCGAGCCGCAAGGAAUCAAGUAUGACCUGGACAGACACCAGUACAACUAUGUGGAUGCUGUGUGCUAUGAAAACAGACUUCACUGGUUUGCUAAGUAUUUUCCAUAUUUGGUGCUGCUGCAUACACUGAUCUUCUUGGCCUGCAGCAACUUUUGGUUCAAGUUCCCUUGGACUAGUUCCAAACUGGAGCACUUUGUCUCCAUUCUUUUGAAGUGUUUUGAUUCGCCCUGGACUACGCGAGCAUUGUCCGAGACAGUGGUGGAGGAAAGUGAUCCUAAAGCUUUAGGGAAAAUGAAUGGCUCAAUAGAUAAAAAAGCAUCUUGUGUGAGCGAGGAUGUCGAGUCGAGUGUUGCGAUGCUGACUACCUCAAAGUCUCGAUUCGAGCAAGGGAUCGUAGAUUAUUCUGAAUCUGGUGUGUUGGAUAAAAAGGAGGGCGAGCAGGCGAAGGCAUUGUUUGAGAAGGUUAAGAAAUUUCGGCUACACGUAGAGGAAGGAGAUAUCGUUUACAGACUUUAUAUCAGACAGACUAUCAUCAAAGUCAUUAAAUUCAUCCUAAUAAUCUGUUACACUGGAUACUAUGUUCAUAAUAUUCAAUUUAGCGUUGACUGCAGUGUCGACAUUGAGAAUCUCACCGGUUAUCAGAUGUUUAAUUGUGCCCAUCCUCUUGCUACACUUUUUAAAAUCUUGGCAUGCUUCUAUAUAAGUCUUGUUGUUGUCUAUGGGAUGAUUUGUGUGUACACGUUGAGCUGGAUGCUGCGCCGUUCCCUCAAGAAAUACUCGUUUGAAUCUAUAAGAGAAGAGAGCAGCUACAGUGACAUUCCAGAUGUAAAAAAUGAUUUUGCCUUCAUGUUACACAUGAUCGACCAGUACGACCCCCUCUACUCUAAGCGCUUUGCCGUGUUCCUGUCAGAAGUCAGUGAAAACAAGCUUCGCCAGCUUAACCUCAACAACGAAUGGACUUUGGACAAGCUUCGCCAAAGAAUCACCAAAAACUCUCAGGAUAAAUUAGAGCUGCAUUUGUUUAUGCUAAGCGGUAUCCCAGAUACAGUCUUUGAACUGGUAGAACUGGAGGUCCUUAAACUAGAACUUAUUCCUGACGUUACAAUCCCUCCCAUCAUUGCCCAGCUCAUAAAUCUUAGAGAGAUGUGGCUCUACCACACACCAGCUAAAAUAGAAGCACCAGCACUUGCAUUUUUGAGAGAGAACUUAAAAUCACUUCAUAUAAAAUUCACAGACAUCAAAGAAAUUCCUUUAUGGAUCUACAGCUUGAAGAACUUGACUGAGCUGCAGCUCACAGGAAACCUCAGUGCUGAAAAUAAUCGUUUCAUUGUGAUUGACGGGCUACGAGAACUAAAAGGGCUCAAAGUUCUUCGACUGAAGAGCAACCUGACGAAGCUGCCUCAGGUGGUCACUGACGUUGGAUUGCACCUGCAAAAGCUUUCCAUCAACAAUGAGGGCACCAAGCUGAUGGUUCUUAAUAGCUUAAAAAAGAUGGUCAACCUGACCGAGCUAGAGCUCAUUCGCUGUGACCUGGAGCGCAUCCCACAUUCUAUUUUUAGCCUCCACAACCUGCAGGAGAUCGACCUGAAGGACAACAAUCUGAAGACUAUUGAAGAAAUCAUCAGCUUUCAGCAUCUCCAUCGACUCGUCUGUCUAAAACUCUGGUACAACAAGAUUGCCUACAUCCCCAUCCAAAUGGGCACUCUGACCAACCUUGAACGACUCUACCUGAACCGAAACAAGAUUGAAAAAAUCCCAAGCCAUCUCUUUUUUUGCCGCAAGCUGAGGUAUCUUGAUUUAAGUCAUAACAAUUUAACCAACAUCCCAUCUGACAUCGGAAUUCUUCACAAUCUGCAGUAUUUUGCUGUAACUGCCAACAGGAUUGAGAAGCUUCCAUCGGAGCUGUUUAAGUGUAAGAAGCUGCGCACAUUGAACCUGGGUAAUAACUACCUACAGUCUCUACCGUCUCGUUUCGGCGAGCUGACCAACCUGACCCAGCUGGAGCUCAGAGGGAACGGGCUCGAGUGUCUCCCCGUCGAGCUGGGAGAGUGUAAACAACUCAAGCGCAGCGGCCUUAUUGUGGAAGAGUCCAUUUUCAACACUCUUCCAUCCGAGGUGAAAGAGCAGCUUUGGAGGGCUGAAAAAGAGGCAGCCUGAAAGCGUGGGAAGAGAAAUACUUGCUCUGGAGAAGUACACGAGCACCUGAGAAUCACUGCUGAAAUGGAAUAUGUUUAGGGUCAACAGUCUCCCACGCAACAGUUUCUAUUAGCAUGAAGGAAAUAUGUUGCAUUACACGGACUCUUCAUGGUGUUACGCUAAGCCUGUAACAUAUCUCUGUGCUGUGUGUCAUUAUUCAGAUUGUAUUAACUAAAUAUUAUGGUGCAGCUCUUCCUUGCCUUAAUGUACCACAGUGGUGUGGUAUUACUUAACAUGAGACAAGUACACACACUUAGAUAAGUUGGUAAGUUGAUGUGUCAUGAGCACUUUACAAGCCUGAUAAAUGAGUUUAGUAUUUUCAGUUUGCCAGGACAUAACUGAGCCAGGAAAACAAGAAAUGUUUUUUUUUGUCCUGCUGCAGUUGUAGAAUUUAUAAACCUAGUAUUAUAACCCUUUACUAAUAGAGAGUGUUAGUGGCUGAUUGUAACUCAUGCAUGCAUACCUACAUAGUUGGCUGUUAGUGGAUAGUUGUGAAGCAUCUGUUUUUGUACACUACAUACGGCCUGAUAUACUGCACUUAGCAUUGUUAUUGGCUGUACAGCCAUUUUUAAUGUUAAUCACAUGUCACAUUGCUGUGUUUUGUCGAAUGAGGUUAUAUUACAGGGUAUAAAGUGUUUAUCCAAUGCACAUAAAAUUGUUUUAGGAGUAAUCAAAUUUACAGAAUUUUCCCACUACCCUGAAUGUGGUAGAUCAGCCGAGAAAGAUGGCAAUGUAUAUUGCUAACAAAAAUGUGAAGUCUGAUGUGUAUCCACCCACGUAAUCAAGCAUUUCCAUAAAUAUACACAUAUGUACUUUAUGCCAGAUUUUUUAUUGCUGGAUUUUAUUUAAACCACUCCUUGAAGGUAUGAUGUGUUUAAACAUUUAUAAAAUGGGCUUCCAAUAAAGUUACUAUGAAUACAUAAUAACAUGAGCCACAAAUAUCUAAGCGACCUUUCCAAAACACAUACAAAUGUACAUUUACAACAUAUAAAGAUCAUUUUAAUUGUGACUGAAAAUUUUUUUAUGAUUAAAGGCCCUGUUUAGGAGCCCAGCAGUGGCAACUUGGUGAUAGAAGGGGCUUGAACCAAUUACUAGUCCAGUAUCUUACUGCUAAGCUAACACUGCCUGUGUAAAGAUAAUAUAGUUUGUUUAUCUGGAUACAGUUCUACUGUAUUUAUGAUGUUAGGACCCCAAUCCUAAUAUAUAGUGGGUACUUAGCAAUGGUGAGACAAGAAAUGUGAGGAGUCUUCUCAUAAAUGAAAUAAAACCUAGGAAAAAGAAUAACAUGUAAAUUACUGAAAUGUAUCUAAUUCCUUUAAGCCUGAGGCUAUGUCCCAACCCACAAACUAAAUAGUGUGUCAAAAUAUUAACAGUAGUCAAAGAUGAACUUAUUUGACAUAAUAUUUGGUGCAGUUUGCCAAAUUAUAAAGCAUGUAUGACUGUAAUUUACCAGACUUUACCAGAAUUUGCCAUGUAGCCUAACACAGUAAUGUCAUGGGGCAGCAGGAAUCGCUUUUUAAAUUUAACUUAGUAUCAUUCCAUGCUAGAUAACAAAAUGAGGAAUUGUUCAACUUACACAGCCCACAAUGGCAUUAUGUACAGAUUUCAUUUUGUCAGACCCCCAUUACUUGUUACAUUUGUAGUUAGUUGACUUAACUGGAGCCACAAAUUCAUACACAGCAUUAAUGUUUGUAUGCUGAGCUUUUGUUUCACUUUAUACCGAAGGUGUUUUUAUGUGUUCCAUCUAUGUAUUGUAAUCACAGUGAUGCUUUGAGUGUCUUGGGUCAGUAUUUAACACACUGUACGUGUUAUCAUAGUGUUUGCAUGUUUACAGCACACAGUUUUACAAUGCAGACGCACCUGACAACACAAACACACUGAAUCUCAUGAGCAGCCAGUGCCGUAUGAGUAGUUUCAUUAUUAAUGUAAACAAGCUCUUAAGAAGUUCAGUUAUCAUUUUUUUCAUUUCACUGUAAACAUGUUGCUUUUACCAAUUUAUUACUGUAAACAAUUAACAAAAUCUCAUCAACCAAAUUUCCUCUGUUUUGUAUUUUGAAUUCAUUUUAAAUGUUUCGCCUGUAACAUUGCGCUGAACAUCAGAACAAUUCAUGUUUUAAUUAGAUUAAUAAUAGUGAUGCACUGUUAAUGAGACAAUCAGAAACAUGUUAAGUGCUGUGUAUGGUGCUGACUUUUUAUUUUAUUUUAAUUUAACAUAGCUUAAUUCAUUUCAAUUACAUGUUUAAUUGUGCAGUAGUAGCACUGAGUUUUUGUGUAGCAAGUCCGUUUAUGCUGUUUAGUUAAGCUGAUUUUCUUCUGUUUUUUCCACAUUUUUGUACUGAUUACAACUCAGGUAAAAGCCACUUAACUUUGUACUGAUUUACUAAAUUUGUUUUUAUUCCAUUUUAUUUUAAUUUAAGGAAACAGCCAUGUAAUGCAUUUUCUAAUUUAGCAUUUUUGAUUACUUGUUCACUUUUUAUUUAUAUGUACAAUAGUUUGUGUUUUGAACAGUAUUGUAGCAAAUUCACUAGUAUUAUGGCUAGUGUUCUUUAUUUAACUUAUAAAUGAAUGCAUUUUGCUUAGAUCAAUUAAGGCAUUUACCUUUUUAUAUUCUUUAGGGUUUCGGACAUUUAAACACACAAAAUUGGAUGCUAUAACAACCUCUGAAUGUGGCUUAAUGCUAGCUGAUGAAAAGCAUUACAGUUUGUUCAGUUUUCUUUAAUUUUUUGUAUUCCUUGUUCUUCCAAAUCACAUAUGUAUUCGCUGUUUGGCACAAAUCUGAAAAUAUGCUUCACUUCUUGUACUUCCUUGUGUCAGUGUCAAUACCCUGUAUUAAGAUGUUUAGUGCUGGAACUGAAUUACAAAUCAUCUUUCCUUUUUGUGCCAAAACAGCACUGAGUUUCUAUUCCUGCAAGCUAUUCCUGUUGUGACAGUUUAAGACAUAAUAAACAUUUAGUCUGUCA